AACACAAUUCAGAAGAAAAAAAAAACAGCUAGAAAGCAGAGCAUCCAUGGAAGAUUUUGGAGCAAGUUUGGAGGAGCUAAGGAAGACAUUCCGUUCAGGUAAAACAAGGGAAGAAUCUUGGAGGAGAUCCCAGUUGAAAGCUUUGCUCAGACUGGUUCAGGAGAAAGAAGAUGAAAUCUCCAUGGCCCUCAAACAAGACCUGGGAAAACACCAUGUUGAAGCCUACAGAGAUGAGAUUGGACCACUUGUAAAGUCUAUAGAGUUUGCCAUGGCAGGCUUAAAGGGCUGGAUGUCUGGUAAAAAGGCCAAAUUGCCCUUUGCUGCAUUCCCUGCAAAAGCGGAGAUAAUUCCUGAACCCCUGGGUUUAGUCCUGGUUUUUUCAGCUUGGAAUCUCCCUAUUGGGUUAGCAUUGGAACCCAUCAUCGGAGCAAUAGCCGCAGGGUGUGUUGCUGUUCUUAAGCCGUCAGAGCAGGCUCCGGCAUGUUCAUCAGUGAUAGCCAAGUCUAUUUCUGCUUAUUUAGACCCUAAAGCUUUUAAGGUGAUUGAAGGUGGGAGUUUGGUUUCUGAGAGGCUGUUGGAGCAUAAAUGGGACAAGAUUUUCUUCACAGGCAGUGCAGCGGUGGGGAGACUCAUUAUGACUGCCGCGGCGAAGCACCUGACUCCGGUCACUUUGGAACUGGGAGGAAAAUGCCCUGCCAUUGUUGAUUCUCUUUCCAGUUCUUGGGAUAAAGAUAUUGCAUUGAAAAGGAUUCUUGCUGGAAAAUUUGGCACCUGUUCUGGUCAAGCAUGCAUUGUAAUUGACUACAUACUUGUGGAAAGGAAGUUUUCAUCUGAGCUGGUCCAACUUCUGAAGAAAUAUAUCCAGGCAGUUUUUGGAGACAAUCCAAAACAGACACACUCUGUUGCCAGGAUAGUCAGCAAAAAACACUUCACAAGGCUGAAGAGUUUUUUGGAUGAGCCUAAAGUGAAAGCUUCUCUGGUCUAUGGUGGUUUAAUGGAUGAAGAUAAUCUGUUCAUCGAGCCAACGCUGUUGGUGGAUCCCCCUCUUAAUGCUGCAGUCAUGACAGAAGAAAUCUUUGGUCCAAUUCUCCCAAUAAUAACACUGGAGAAAAUUGAAGACAGCAUUGAUUUCAUCAACUUCAGGCCUAAACCUCUUACCAUUUAUGCCUUCACUCAUAAUGAAACACUCAAGAACAAGAUAGUAUCUCAGACAUCUUCAGGAAGCUUGGUGUUCAAUGAUACAAUUGUCCAAUAUGCAGCUGAUACUCUUCCAUUUGGGGGAGUUGGAGAGAGUGGGUUUGGGAGGUACCAUGGGAAGUUCUCAUUUGAUACAUUCAGCCAUGAGAAAGUAAUUGCUAGAAGAAGUUAUCUGAUAGACUUUUGGUUCAGAUAUCCUCCAUGGGAUUUUAAGAAGCUUCAGCUCCUAAAGGCUGGCUACAGAUUUGAUUAUGUUAGCAUUGUUCUCAUGUUCUUGGGACUAAAGAGAACCUAUUAGCCUAUGCUUGAAUUUGUGUGAUCUUGUUUUGGUUGCUAUGCAACACCCAUGCAUUGUGUGAUCCACUAAGUUAAUUAACUAUAUAUAAAAGAAAUUCUACAAUGUCAUGUUUUCAAUAUGAAAAAUGGUGGAGAUAUUACUUAUAUUUGUAAUUUCUAUUAUAAACA